GACCGUUGGCUUCCGCUUCCGGCCGUGCUGAGUGCGGCGCCGGGCUCCGUCAUGGCCGCCGGUUGUAGCGAUCCGCGGGCCGGGGACGUGGAGGAGGAUGCCUCCCAGCUCAUCUUUCCCAAAGAGUUUGAAACAGCCGAGACACUGCUAAAUUCUGAAGUCCACAUGCUUCUGGAGCAUCGGAAGCAGCAGAACGAGAGUGCGGAGGACGAGCAGGAGCUCUCCGAGGUCUUUAUAAAGACGCUCAACUACACAGCCCGCUUCAGCCGCUUCAAAAACAGAGAGACCAUCGCCAGCGUCCGUAGCUUGUUGCUCCAGAAAAAGCUUCAUAAAUUUGAGUUAGCGUGUUUGGCCAACCUUUGCCCAGAGACUGCUGAGGAGUCCAAGGCUCUGAUCCCAAGCCUGGAGGGGCGAUUUGAGGAUGAGGAGCUACAGCAGAUCCUCGAUGACAUUCAGACCAAGCGCAGCUUCCAGUACUGAUCUUCAGGCAUCUCUGUGCCGCCGUGGGAGCCGUAAGCCCAAGGACAGCACCAGCAAUGUUCGGACUCAUUUGCACAGAAACUUUUGGCUAGAAAACCACAGCCGGCUCUUGAUUUAGGUUGCUGUUUCUAACCUGAGUGAUGGACAGCCAUGUCCUGGUAACUGUGGGGAGGAUUGAGGCCUCCUGAACUUACUUCUCGGAAAGGCUGGUGGUGUGAUGUGCAAUGAAGCUACACACGUCAUUCAUUGUCUUCUCCCCUAGUUUGUGGUCCCUCUGUUAUUUUUAUGUAACAGGUGUAGAAACAGAUCUCAUCUACGUGCAAAAGAAAAAUCAGUAGAAGUA